AAGCGACCUCUUGCUAUCAGUUCAUCAUAGGCACACCCACCCCUCGACAUGGCCAAGGUACUUCUGGUGAUAGCUUCCCUGACAGCCGUGACGCUGGCUCGACCAGAACCUCCGGUAAACAACCAGUAUCUCCCCCCUGGCCUCCAGACAGAAGCGUCAUUCGGAGGUUCACCCAGCAGUCAGUACGGCGCUCCCUCAAGUCAAUAUGGCGCUCCCUCUAGCAAUUUCGGCGCUCCCUCCAGCCAGUAUGGUGCUCCCUCCGGUGGCUUCGGCGGUGGAAGACCUUCCAGCUCCUACGGUGCUCCCAGGCCCUCCAGGCCUUCUAACCAAUACGGAGCUCCUAACUCCUUCGGUGGUUCUAGCUCUUUCGGAGGCCCAUCUAGCUCAUACGGGGCUCCUUCUAGCUCUUUCGGAGGCCCAUCUAGCUCAUACGGGGCUCCUUCUAGCUCUUAUGGAGCGCCCUCUAGCCAAUAUGGCGCUCCCGGAGGUGGUUAUGGAGGCAACAAAGGAGGAUAUGAUGAGGGUCCUUCAGAGCCAGCCAACUACGAGUUCCGCUACGACGUCGACGCUCCGGAGUACAACGUCAAGUUCGGUCACCAGGAGGCAAGGCAGGGUGACGUAGCUCAGGGCAAAUACUACGUGCUGCUACCUGACGGUCGUACCCAGCUGGUAGAGUACACCGCGGACCAGGACGGCUACCAUCCCAAGAUCACGUACGAGGGCACCGCCAACAACGGCGGCGGCUACGGCAGAGGACCCUCUGGGAACGGAGGAUACCAGUCAGAAAACUCCAUCUUAGUCAGUCAGGACACCAUGAGCAAGACAAUCCUCCCCCUUUUACUCCUGGUCGCGGUUGUCUGCGGAGCUCCACAAGGUUAUUCAUAUUCCAGCCCUGGACAUCCUCCUGGGCGACCAUCAGUGACGAUUGGUCAAGGGUCAGGCCAGUAUCCGCACAGACCUAACAGCUUCAGUAGCGGAGGGUACGACGACGAAUACUCUGAGCCAGCUAACUACCAGUUCCAGUACGACGUGUCGGCCCCCGACUAUGGGACGAGGUUCGGCCACCAGGAGUCCAGGACCGGAGACUCCACCAGAGGAAGGUACUACGUGGACCUGCCUGAUGGGAGGACCCAGAUCAAGGAGUAUAAAACCCCGAAGACAGAACCAUCUUCUAUCAGACACACCUUCAACAUCAUGAGGCACUUUGCAGUAGUAUUGGUAUUUGCGGUUCUUGCCUCGGCAGAACCCCCAAUAGAACCUCAGCAAGCAGACAGCGCCUUAUCAUCACGAUAUGGUGCCCCUGCUCCGCAAUAUGGUCCCCCCAACGGUGGUGCCCCUGCCCCGCAAUAUGGUGCCCCCAACGGUGGUGCCCCUGCCCCCCAAUACGGCGCCCCCAACGGUGGUUCUACUCAUGGACACGCUCCUGCCCCUCAAUAUGGCGCCCCCAAAAGUGGCGCGUUUCAUGGUGGCGUCAGGCCAAAUCCAUCCUCGGGUUUGGGUAGCAACGGUGGAUACGAAGACUAUAACGAGGAUUCCGCCAACUACGAGUUCAAGUACGACGUGGAAGACCAACAGUCGGGAGUGAGAUUUGGUCAUCAGGAGUCGCGAAGUGAGGAUGCGGUCCAAGGAGAAUACUACGUGCUGCUUCCAGACGGCAGAACCCAGCACGUACAAUACACCGCGGACGAAGACGGCUACCACCCCAAGAUCACGUACAUGGGACAGGGGGUUGAGGGGGCACAAGGGGGAGAUCCUGGGCCACCACUUGAGUAUCCGCCCGCACCUCCAAGAGAUCCUGGACCACCACUUGGGUAUCCACCAGCGCCUCCAAGAGAUCCUGGACCACCACUUGAGUAUCCACCAGCGCCUCCAAGAGAUCCUGGGCCACCACUUGGGUAUCCACCCGCACCUCCAAGAGAUCCUGGACCACCACUUGAGUAUCCUCCAGCUCCUCCAAGAGAUCCUGGACCACCACUUGGGUAUCCACCCGCACCUCCAAGAGAUCCUGGGCCACCACUUGAGUAUCCGCCAGCACCUCCAAGAGAUCCUGGGCCACCACUUGAGUAUCCGCCAGCACCUCCAAGAGAUCCUGCACCUCCGAGAGAUCCUGGGCCACCACUUGAGUAUCCACCUGCACCUCCAAGAGAACCUGGGCCACCACUAGGUGAGAAUGACAAAACUCACUUCAUUUCCUUCCCCUCCAUUUCCAAAGCCUCCACCACUGCCGAAGCCACCGAGACCUCCUUGAAAUCCUCCUUGGCCUCCAACGGAGCCCGGACCGCCGGAUGGGUAUCCUCCUUGGCCUCCAACGGAGCCUGGACCGCCGGAUUGGUAUCCUCCUUGGCCUCCAACGGACCCCGGACCACCAGAUGGGUAUCCUCCUUGGCCUCCAACGGAUCCCGGGCCGCCGGAUGGGUAUCCUCCCUGGCCUCCAACGGAUCCCGGGCCGCCGGAUGGUGUAUUUUGAUGCUAACGGCGUUAGUGGCGGUGGCGCUGGCUGAACCCCCAGUACCCCAGGGUCAAUACGGAGCCCCUGGAGGAGGCUACCCUGGUGGCGCCCCUGGUGGAGGCUACCCAAGUGGCAGACCAUCGUCUCAGUAUGGAGCUCCGGGCUUUGGGGCCGGUGGAGGAUAUGCGGGAGCCGGAGGUGCCUACAAGGACCCCAGAGACAGCCCCAUGUUCACCCACGAGCAGGACUUCCAACGACCUGGAGGCGAGAUUUGGGGCAUGUGGACAGUAGCGCUGCCAGACGGGAGAAUACAGAAGGUGGAGUACGACGCUGACGAGACAGGGUUCCACCCGGUCAUCACUUAUGAGGAACCCGGCAGUGGGGGAAACGGAGGAUACGGGAGUGGAGGAAACGGGGGAUAUAACAGUGGGGGUAAUAGCGGUUACAGCAAUGGGGGUGCCGGUAGACAAGGAGGAUAUAGUGACCUCAGCACCCAGACUUGCUUUCAUCUACUGACACCAGCUGUAGUGUUGGAGGUUAGUAGCAACAGAGAGCCAGCUAGGUCUAGGUUAAUGGACCAGUCACACCAGCUGAAGAACUGUAGGCUACAUUUAUUCCUGGUGCUGUCGGCCUCCGUGCUGAUGGUCCUAGCGGAGCCUCCUGUAGGUUAUCCUUCAGGCGGUCCACCAGCAGGCUCCCCCACCCUGUCUCUACCGGGACAGUAUGGAACUCCAGGAGGCUUUGGAUCGGGCGGAGGUGGAUUUGGAUCUCCCUCUAGCAGCUACGGAGCCCCCGGCGGUGGCUUUGGAUCUCCCUCUAGCAGCUACGGAGCCCCCGGUGGUGGAUUUGGAUCUCCCUCUAGCAGCUACGGAGCCCCUGGAGGUGGCUUUGGAUCUCCCUCAAGUCAGUACGGAGCCCCUGGUGGCUCCGGAUCUGGAUCACCAUCCAGCUCCUACGGAGCACCUGGGUUUGGUGGCAACGGUGGUUUUGGAGGAGGCAAUGGUGGCUAUGGAGGUAGCGGAAACGGCUUCGGUGGAAGUGAUUCCAACAAAUACGCUCCGUCUGCAGCUAAAGUGAGUUUCCGUCUAGGAAAUUCUAAGAAGAAAGGAAAUGGAUUCGGUGGUGGAAAUGGAUUUGGAAACGGAAAUGGAUACGGAAGCGGUGGGCCAUCAAGCUCUUAUGGUGCCCCAGGUGGAAGUGGAUUUGGAUCUCCUUCAAGCUCUUACGGUGCUCCGGGUGGAAGUGGAUUCGGAUCUCCUUCUAGCUCUUACGGUGCCCCAGGUGGAAGUGGAUUUGGAUCUCCUUCAAGCUCUUACGGUGCCCCAGGUGGAAGUGGUUUUGGAUCUCCUUCAAGCUCUUAUGGUGCCCCAGGUGGAAGUGGAUUCGGAUCUACUUCUAGCUCUUAUGGUACUCCCAGUGGAAAUGGAUUUGGAUCUCCUUCAAGCUCUUACGGUGCUCCGGGUGGAAGUGGAUUUGGAUCUCCUUCAAGCUCUUACGGUGCCCCAGGUGGAAGUGGAUUCGGAUCUCCUUCUAGCUCUUAUGGUGCCCCUAGUGGAAGUGGAUUUGGAUCUCCUUCUAGCUCUUAUGGUGCCCCAGGUGGAAGUGGAUUUGGAUCUCCUUCUAGCUCUUAUGGUGCCCCUGGUGGAAGUGGAUUUGGAUCUCCGUCAAGCUCCUAUGGGGCUCCUGGUGGUGGAUUUGGAUCCCCUUCCAGCGAGUAUGGUGCUCCCGGGGGUGGGUUUGGAGGAAGCUCUCCUACGAACACCUACGGAAGUCCCAGUCAGUUCGGAUCUGGUGCUCCCUCAAGUCAAUACGGGACCCCAGGUACUGCCAUUGGCUCUAACGGAGGAUACGUGUAUUAAACCACCUCAAAACAUGCCUUUUAAACACUCUCUCAGCAAUUUGCUAAAUAAUUUGUCUCACAUAUUGUGAUAUUAUUUAUUUGUACAUAUAAGUUAGCAUGUGCUCAUUUAG